GCUGCCUCUGAGUGACAUCUGAUUUAAACAGCCGUGCAGGCUUUACUAUUGUGAGCGACGACGAACUUCGAACGGAACGAGACAGCAACGUUCGAGCGGGUGCUCGAGGUUCAUGGUGAAGACAUCAUUGUAUAGCGGAUAGCGACUCUGUUGCUGCCAAGGACAUUGGACGGUAGGCUGGUGUGGACGGCAGGCAACUAAGGAAAAAGAGAAGAAUGUCCCCUCCAACGUCGACCUACGCUCCCAUCGAAAGAGACAAUGAUGAUCACGACGAUACCUCCGCACUCGGCCAACAACCCGCCGAUAAUGCCCAGAAUAUAACGUCACUGGCGGUAGCCUUUUGGCUGUUGGGUUUGUUCAAUAACUCCUCGUAUGUCAUUAUGAUUGCUUCGGCCAAGACGAUUAGCGAGGGAGGGACAGCCUUGGUGUUCUUGGCCAAUGUCGUCCCCAGCAUGUGCAUUAAACUGACUGCCCCCUACUGGUUUGACUACGUCUCCUACGAACAUCGCAUGCUGGUGGCAUUUGGGUGCAUGGUGGGCAGUUUUGCCAUGGUGGCCUCGUCGGUGGUACCUUCUAUCCAAUUGCUGGGAGUAGCCCUGGGGAGUGCUCAAUCGGGUCUGGGAGAAGCAUCUUUGUUGGCAGCAGCUGGUAAAUGUGAUGCCUCUGGAAAAUGCAUUGCUGGAUUUUCCUCUGGCACAGGAUUGGCAGGAGUCUUUGGAUUCUUGUGGAAGUUUGUCUGGAAUGAAUGGAUCCAAUUAUCCAUGAAAACGACUCUGUGGCUCGCACAGUCUCUGGCAGUCCUGUACAUUUGCAUCUUUUGGAAAUCUCUCCGUCCUUUUCUGACACAAGCACCACCGACAACAAUAACAGCAACGGAAGAAAUAGAGCCACUGGAAAUGACAACAUAUCAAACGCCACUCUCUACCACAACAACGAACCGCUCAAUGGCCGAUACGGAUUCAAAUGCAGCAGAGGCGAGUUCCUAUAAGGAUGAUGAAAUCGGCAUGCAAUGCCAUCCUCAAGACACAGAACCAUCCUUGGAAUCGCCGCCUGAAAUUCCUGACAACGGCUUUGUUGAAGACUCUCACAACAACAACAAUCAUAGUCUCCAAGAACCCAAACCAGUCCACGAAAUGACAGUGACAGAACGAGCUCAGUUUGUGGCCAUGCGACUGUGGCCGUACAUAAUACCCCUCUUUGUGGUUUAUGCUGCCGAGUAUUCCUUACAGGCAGGCACCUGGACUGCCAUUGGAUUUCCUGUCGAUAGCGAACAAGCCAGAGAUGAGUUUUAUGAAUUCAGCAAUUGGAUGUACCAGUUGGGUGUAUUUGUUUCUCGAUCUUCUGGAGCAUUUGGACCCACAGCACCCGUAUCCAUUCUGUGGCUCAUGCCCACCCUCCAAGCGCUCAAUGUUGUAUUCUUUGCAUGGGUAGCUGCCGAGCAUGUAUGGUACAAUUACACCAUUCUCAUUCCGUGUUGUUUUUAUGUGGGUUUGUUGGGCGGGGGGGUGUAUGUUCACGGUUAUAAACGCAUCUGUGCCGAUUUUGUAUUGGUGGAUCAACGAGAGUUUGCAUUGGCAGCCACCAGUGUGGCAGAGUCAAUGGGCAUUGUUUGUGCCGAUCUGCUUGGAUUGUUCAUUCAAGCCUGUCUGUAUCGGACCAACCAUAUACCAGGAGCAGUUGUUUCUUGUCCAGUUUGAGACGACAAAUUCGGACGAUAUAUGAGUUGCAGUUUUGAGACGACAACAUGUAAACGAUCAAGGCGGUUCCGGUACCGUGCCUCUUCAGAGAGAGAUGAUUGUUCCUAUUUGUACCUUGGCAGAAGUUUCUAAAGGAUCCCUUCGCUUGUUGACUGCGAGCUCCAUUGAAGGCAAACAAACAACUACAGAAACUAGUCAGUUAGACUUGACAACCGGAUGGUGCCAAUAUAGACCUUUUUGCUUUACCACACUCAGACGCACGAUAGGCGGUCCUUGAAGAUUGCUCAGAUCAUGGACACACUGAACCAACCCAUAUCGGGUAGGUGUAGAAACAACCCAAGCUCCUAGCAGAAUAUGACAGGUGCCGCAGACUAUCACAACUGUGCUAAAGUGUAUCGUCACAAGGCUUUGGAAGUCCGCCAGUCUGCAUGCGGUACCGGUACAUUAGCUAGUAACUGCCUUGCAAAAUGCAUGGUUCAUCAUAAUCAUAGGAAGAGAAGUUAUAAAGUU